AUGGACUUGGCCGAAGCCCUCCUGGCUCUCCUUCUCGGCUUAGUCCUAGUCGUCUCGCUUCUGUCCAACCUGCUGGUGCUAUUAUGUUUCCUCUCCAGCUCCGAGCUCCGCCAGCAAGUGCCUGGACUCUUCCUGGUCAACCUGUCUCUGUGCAACCUGCUGUUGACCCUCCUGAACAUGCCCUUUACUCUUCUGGGUCUCCUGUGGCGCCAGCAGCCCGUUGGGGACUGCGCGUGCCAGGCGGCGGGCUUCUUGGAAACUUUGCUGGCGUCCAACGCCAUGCUCAGCAUGGCCGCGCUCAGCCUGGACAAGUGGGUGGCUGUGGUGUUCCCGUUGAGCUAUGCGAGCAAGGUGCGUGGCCGCGAUGCUGCGCUGCUGCUGGCCUACGCGUGGCUGCACUCGCUCGCCUUCCCGCUGGCCGCACUCGUCUGCUCCUGGCUCGGCUACAGCGGUACCUACGCCUCCUGCACCCUGCACCUACGGGUCGAGGCGGAGAGGAGGCGCUUUGCCGCCUUCACGGUGGCCUUCCAUGUCGCCAGCUUCGCGCUCUCGCUCGUGGUGCUCUGCUUCACCUACCUGAAGGUGUUGCGAGUGGCCCGCUUCCACUGCCGGAGGAUCGACGUCAUCACCAUGCAGACCCUCGUUCUGCUGGUCGAUAUUCAUCCCAGCGUGAGACAGCGCUGCCUUAACGAGCAGAAACGGCGGCGGCAGAGGGCCACCAAGAAGAUCAGCAUCUUUAUAGGCUCCUUCGUCCUCUGCUUCGCUCCUUACGUCAUUACCAGGCUGGUGGAACUCCUCCCAUUCAUUACAAUCAACAACUACUGGGGAGUAAUAAGCAAGUGCCUCACCUACAGUAAGGCUGCCUUGGACCCUUUUGUGUAUUCGCUGCUGCGCCAACAGUACAAGAAGGCGGUGAUCAACAUUGUCAACAGGCUACUGAGACGAGAUCUAUACCCAUCAUCUGGCUACAAUAGCUCUCUUGACACAGAGAAUGAUUACUGCCUCCAUCGGCCAAACUGA